AUGAAAUUCGGGGCCAAAGGCAGCACGCCAGGAUUAUAUACUUCAAGCAGCGGCUCUUCCGUAACCACUGAACACCCCUCCACGGCUCUCAAAACGGAGCCAUGGCGUCCUUCCGAUUCACCGGAGUCCACGUCCCAGGAAUUACCAUCGGGUCAGGCUGGAAUCCAUGAAGUGUCUCACGUCAAGAAUGAAGAACGCCACUCACUGUCGGAUACCAUCGACUCCAACAAUGUCGACGGUGGAGAUGCCCAACUCAGCCAUACCAAGUCCCGCGUGAGCGUUGCUCCUGAUGGUACCAUUUAUCCAGAAGGCGGGCUCCGUGCCUGGCUCGUCGUCUUUGGGUCUUUCUGUGGUCUCGUAGCCGCACUUGGCUUGAUGAACACAAUUGGAGUCUAUCAAGCGUACUGGCAGGAAAAUCAGCUUUCAGACAAGAGCGAGUCAACGAUCGGAUGGGUAAUCUCCAUUUACGUGUUUCUCUCCUUCGGCGGAGGACUCAUCGUAGGACCUGUCUUUGAUGUGUACGGCCCUCGUUGGCUCCUGGCUGGCGGCACGGUCCUCCUAAUGUUGUGUAUAUUCCUGCUGGGUGUCUGCACCCAGUAUUGGCACUUUGUCAUCGUUUUUGGCAUCCUUGGUGGCACGGGCACGUCGCUCAUCUUCACCCCUACAAUCUCUGCCAUAGGACACUUCUUCUAUGUUAAAAGAGGCACAGCGACUGGAAUGGCGGCAGCCGGAGGAGCAGUGGGCGGUGUCAUCUUCCCGUUGAUGCUGCAGAGCCUUUUUGACCGCGGAGUCGGAUUUGGAUGGGCCACUCGCAUUCAAGGCUUCAUAUUUCUUGGCCUGCUCAUCGUCUCGAACCUGCUUGUGCGAUCCCGACUGCCGCCGAAGCCGGGACAGUCAAUUCUUCCCGAUUUUCGCAUCUUUAGAUACAAGGACUUUGCGCUGGUCACAGUCGGAUCUUUCUUCAUGGAAUGGGGAUUAUUUGCGCCCAUCUCGUACGUCACAGCCUAUGCUCUCAGCACCAAUGGAGCCGUCAGCACGACCUUUGCCUAUCAGAUCAUUGCGAUCCUCAACGCAUUCUCCGUGCUAGGUAGAUGGCUGCCGGGCUACUUUGCCGACAAGAUUGGUCGCUACAAUUGUAUGCUUGCCGCUCUGAUCAUCUGCAUGCUAUCCGUCUUGGGACUGUGGCUCCCGGCAGCCGUGCUCUCUAGUCGAGCAGACCACGAGGCGAACAACAACACGAUCUUCGGCUUGCUGGUCACCUUUUGCAUCCUCUUCGGAUUCGGUUCUGGGAGUAAUAUCAGCCUGACGCCUGUUUGUGUCGGUAUGCUCUGCGAUACUGAGGAGUAUGGGAGGUACUACGCCACUUGCUACACCAUGGUUGCGAUCGGGACCUUGACUGGUAUUCCAAUCGCUGGAGCAUUGAUCGAAGCUUGUGAUGGAGCGUACUGGGGCGUCGCUACGUUUACUGGAGUUUGCUACAUGGUGUCGUUUGUGGCGUACGCCGCGGUGCGAGUCAUGAAGGUCGGCGUCGGCUUGRAAGCAGUGUACUGA